AUGGAGGGAGGAGGGAUGGAGGUGCGAGGGAGGAGGGAUGGAGGUAGCAAGGGAGGGAUGGAGGAAGCAAGGGGUGGAGGGAGGUGUGAGGGAGGAAUGGAGGUGCGAGGGAGGGAUGGAGGUGCGAGGGAGGGAUGGAGGUGCGAGGGAGGGAUGGAGGUGCGAUGGAGGGAGGAGGGAUGGAGGUGCGAGGGAGGAGGGAUGGAGGAAGCAAGGGGUGGAAGGAGGUGUGAGGGAGGAAUGGAGGUGCAAGGGAGGGAUGGAGGAAGCAAGGGGUGGAGGGAGGUGCGAGGGAGGAAUGGAGGUGCGAGGGAGGGAUGGAGGUGCGAGGGAGGGAUGGAGGUGCGAGAGAGGGAUGUAGGUGCGAUGGAGGGAGGAGGGAUGGAGGUGCGAGGGAGGAGGGAUGGAGGAAGCAAGGGGUGGAAGGAGGUGUGA